GAAGGGGAGGGUGUCCUUUCUUCUCCUCCCCGACCCCGGGCUCCUGCAUCAUUACAGGGCUGAGCAGGUUUGCUGUAAUCACAAUGAAAAGUACCCGGGCUUCCAGUAGCCCUGCCUGCUAUCCAGAAGACAACAUAGAAGGAAUGGACUUGAGCUUGACAGGCCUUCCCCUUCUUUUGUCCAGACGACCCAAUAGUGCAUCCCCUGCAAAGCCCUUUGCCCGUUCUGUCUCUGUUAUCACUGAAGACAAACCCAGGAGGAAUGCUCUGGAGUCUAGUUUGCCUGGGAAUUCCAGAGCUAUCAAUAACCUUCGAAGAUCCAGCAGCACUACCCAAGUCAACCAGCAGUUGAAUGGUACCCUCAGCACUGACCAGACUACAGAUUUCCUGACCUUCUUUGACAGCAGCUCUGGGGGUAGAAAGAAGCUGACAGGUCUGUGCAAAACUUCACCUGAGAAAAGAACCACAUGGAACAUUCUGGAUGACCAGCCCAGAGUGUUCACCAUUUCAUCCAGUGCUCGAAGCACCAAUACAGUUGACUCCUCAGUUGCUCUGAGGAAAAAGGAAGGCACGAUAUCCUUGGCACCUAACUUUACUGCCAACAACAGGAGCAACAAGGGAGCCAUGGGCAACUGUGUUACCACCAUGGUACAUAACAACUAUACCACUACAGACAAAGUGCCUCCACCUAAGAGUUCGAACCAGGCUGCCUCGUCCCUCAACAACAUCAUCAAGGCAACCACCAAUGAAGACAGUGAGAGCAGCAGUUUCAUGAAAUCUCAAAAGAAUUUCUCUAGCAAUAAUAAUAUGACUCGGAAUAAUACUAGCAGCACAGCAGGACUGCUUAAAAGGAGGGAGGUAACAGAAGAAGAAGCAGAGAGGUUUAUCCAUCAGGUGAAUUUAGCUGCUGUCACCAUUCAGCGCUGGUACCGACAUCAGGCCCAAAGACAUCGAGCUAGUGCAUCAAUGCUGGAACAGCUUCUGACAUCGAAGAGAAAGGAAAGACAACAAAAACAAUUGGAAGGGAAUAUCCUUGACUUGGAGCCAAGAAGAGAUUCAGAGAGAAAGAAAAUCCGGGAGGAGAAAGCCCGGCAGGCCAGACAAGCUGCCAUUCAGGAACUCCAGCAGAAACGAGCAGCCCAAAAGGCAAGAGACACUUCACUGGGGCAGCUGAAGGAGACCAGGAAGACAUCAAAAAAAAGGCCCACACAGGCAGCCUCCCCGAAGAAUGGGUGCCUGACAAACAGCACCUUCAAAGCUAACAAUGCAGGUGCCAGCUUCCAGACUACGGAUCCAGAGGAAUACUUCCAUCCAGGCCCUGACUCUUCCCUAGGUCUUAGUAAAUCUCCAGAGGAUAAGCCACAGGACAUAAUUUCCCAGGAGGUUGUUUGUGAGAUCCUGGAUACAACAGUCACAGCAGCCAGCAGAUCCCAGGCCAAGGUUACUCUCAAUGAACUGCUGGAAACCCUGAAGCUGUUAGAAGAAGAACCCGAACAGCUGACUGAACCCAAGACCUAUAAAAAGGAAAAAUAUGCCUGGAUCGAUGGGGAAGAUAGCUCUAAUUCUUUAACAGCUGACAACCUAGAGAAAUUUGGAAAACUGAAUCCACCCCCAGGAGUUCCAGAAGAUGGGGCAUUGCUCUCUGAGGCCAAGCUUCAGAGUAUCAUGAGUUUCUUAGAUGAGAUGGAGAAGUCAGAACAGGAACGACCCCACUCCGUAACCUCAGGGAUCUUGACUGAAGAAGAGCUGGUUCACUUGGAGCAGGCAUCUGCUGUGGCUACUGAGGUCACCAGCUCUAUGAUGAGGCUGAAGCUGGAGGUGGAAGAGAAGAAGCAGGCUAUGACACUGCUGCAGACAGCAUUGGCUCAGCAGCGAGAACUUACUGUCCGGAACGUGAAGGAAACAGAAAAGGAGCUAAACCACCAGCUCCAGCUGCAGAGGGAGCAGUAUGAAGCUGCUAUCCAGAGACACCUGGCCUUCAUUGAUCAGCUGAUUGACGACAAGAAGGUCCUGAAUGAGAAGUGCGAGGCAGUGGUAGCUGAGCUGAAGCAAGUGGACCAGAAAUACACAAAGAGAAUCACCCAGUUGCAGGAGCAGCAUGAACUGGAGAUUAAGAAACUCAAAGAACUAAUGAGUGCCACAGAAAAAAUUCGCAGAGAGAAGUGGAUCAAUGAGAAAACCAAAAAGAUCAAAGAGAUCACUGUCCGAGGCUUGGAGCCAGAGAUCCAGAAGCUGAUUGCCAAACACAAGCAGGAAAUCAAUAAGUUAAAGACUCUUCAUGAAGCUGAGCUGCUGCAGUCAGACCAGCGGGCUGCUCAGCGCUACGUGCAACAGACUGAAGAGCUGCGAGAACAUCUAGAGCGAGAGAAGGAGGAGGAAGGACGGCGAGAGAGGGAGUUGGCCCGACAGCGAUAUGAGAAGCACUUGGAGGAGGAGGAAGAAGCCCUUCAGCAGCAGCGGCGCCGACUCUACAGUGAAGUGGCAGAAGAGAAGGAACGGCUAACCCAGCAGGCUGCCAGGCAGCGGGCAGAGCUUGAGAAACUGAGGCAGCAACUCGAGGAGAACAGCUGUGUGGUGACAAAAGCCCUCAGAGAGGAGUAUGAAAAGGGGAGAGAGGAACAAGAGAGGCGGCACCAGUUGGAUAUGAAAGCCCUGAAGGAACGGUUAGAGGUGGAGAAGGAAGCCUGGGAAGCCAACUACUUAAAGAAAGAGGAAGCGUGGCUGCUAAAACGGGAGCGUGAGUUGAAGGAUGAAGUUCGGAAAGUCAGGGACAAGGAGAUUGAGCUGGUUAUUCAGAGGCUUGAAGCUGAUAUGACCCUAUCCAAGGAGGAGUGUGAGCAAACAGCUGAGAACAGGAUCAAGCGUAUACGUGACAAAUAUGAGGCAGAACUUGCUGAUUUGGAACAGUCUGAGCGGAAGCUUCAGGAGCGCUGUAUGGAGCUAAAGGGUCGGUUGGGGGAAGCCGAAGGUGAGAACUUGAGGCUCCAAGGCCUAGUGAAGCAGAAGGAGAAGGAGGUAGAAGAUGUGAAAAUGGUAAAGGACAAGUUAAUGGAAGAGAGGAACAGCCUGUCAGAGGUGAUCCGCGAAGAAUUCUCAGACCAACUAACUGCCACUGAAGAGGAGAACAGGCAGCUGAAAACAGAAAUAUCAGUGUUACGAACUCGUCAACAGUUAGAACUAGAGAAGAUCAAUCGGGACAAAGAAGAAGAGCUGGGAGAAGUGCAUAAGAGGGUCAAGAUGGCUAUAAUGAAGAAAGAAGAGACUGUGAACAACCUUCGAAAACAGUAUGAAGCAGCAGUAAGGCGGGCUGACCACCUGGAGGCAUUGCUGGAUCAACAGAGGAAGCAGCUUCUGGGUGCCAAAUGAGCACAUGGCUCUUGCCACACAGAAGAGAGAUUGCGGCUACAGGUUUGCCUGGGUGGCCCUCACUGUCCAGUAUGACUGUGAGUCUAUGGCUGUGAAUGAGGAAACACUAAUUCCCGAGCUCUUGGGAGAGAAGAGGGGCUCUCCUCAUCCUUUGCUAUUCUGUUUUUACAAUGUUUGUCCCAGGACUGAGUGGCUCCCUGACCCAAGAGCUGUCUUAGGGUUUUUGUCAUUGUAUUUUAACAUUAAAAA